AUGAUGCUUCUAGAGUGCGUCGCAGGAUGUCUGGGAUCGCUUCAGUCCACCUCUCACCAAAAUGCUAAGCUCAAGCUGCGUCUACCCGAGGGUUCUCCAGCGAAGUUCGUAAAGAUUAGCGGCGCUUUGCACACCACCAAACGGGCAGCGGGUCGGGACGCAGAGGCCGCAUUGGGCGAUUUAAGAUUUGGUGACAAACGAGAUAUCCUUGUCCAACUUGUUAUCGCUCCUGACAAUACGACGCAGGAACAUGUACCUCAGGACGCCUGGGAGAGCAUUGUUUCUGGCCUCGAAGCCCUGGGCGGACCCUUCGAUGGCGAUGAGCAGCGCAUCGUUAGUGUGGAAGAAGUCCCUCUGAUUCAGGCUGAUCUCACAUAUGGAGACAUUCUUCGCGAAGGCCACUUAACGCAUUCGCCAAGACCAUCUCUGCUUGCCAUUACCAUGCUUCCUACCUCUCAGCGAUCCAAGUCCGGCAGACCCGGUACACCACCCAUCCCACCCCACCCCUCAAUCGUCCAACGGCGUAUGGAACUCCUUACCUCAGAUAUGCUCACACGAGCACUCACCCUCGUCUCGCGCUCUCAGCAAGACCGCGCGCACCACCUCCUCACAGAAACCCGCAGCAUCCUCAAGGGCCUCGGAAAAGGUGGCCUCCCGCCUCUCCCCCCACCCGCUCAAAAACCCAACCCAGACGCCACAAGCACCCUCAACUCCUCUAACUCAUCCUCUCCGCGCUCCUCUGAAAUCCCAGACGGCAGCAGCAGCACCGCGCUUGGAGUUGAUAAACCACCCAGCCGUAUUCUGGCGAGAUUCGCGCAGAGCGAUGCUACAGGCUAUCUGUGUUAUUUCGUCGCAGCGGAGGUAUUCGUUACGCACGCUGUCGCAGGCCCAUUGGGCAGAGCGUGUAGCGGGAUUAAGCGGUUGACGGAGCGCUCGAGGGAGUGGCGGGAGAUUGGGGAUGAUUCGUUGACGGAGGAGUGA